AUGGAAAUGUGUGCACCACAUGUUUCUGCAAUGAAGAAUGGCAAGAGCUUAGAUGAAAUUCGUAAAUCUGCGACAUUUCAUCCUUCCAUUUGGGGAGACUUCUUUCUCAAAUAUGAUUCUAAUAACACGAAAAUCACUGAUGCUGAACAAGAAGAACUAGCAAAGCAUAAAGAAAUGGUUAGAAAAAUGCUCUCUCAAACUCCAAACGAUUCAACGUGCAAACUGGAACUCAUCGAUGAGAUCCAGCGCCUGGGAGUGGAAUACCAUUUCGAAAAAGAAAUCGAGGAAUCCUUGAAACAUAUUCAUGACAGUUACAUGCAGCGAAAUUGCAAAGACAAUGAUGAUCUACACAUUGUGGCCCUUCGUUUUCGUUUGCUUAGACAACAAGGUUACAAUGUCCCAUGUGGCGUGUUCUGCAAAUUCACUGACAGUGAAGGCAAUUAUGAAGCGUCGUUGCAAAAUGACGUUGAAGGAUUGCUGAACUUGUACGAGGCUGCACAUCUUUUGACACACGACGAGGGGAUUCUGGAGAAUGCAAUAGAGUUCUGUUCGUCUCAUCUUCAUGCUUCACUCCACAAGUUGGAUGAUGUUUCGCUCUCUAAACGUGUCGGAGAAGCUCUGGAGAUGCCAAACCGUUGGAGUCUCGCAAGAUUGGGUGCCAGAAAGUUCAUUUCUGCGUACCAAGAAGACGAGGCACAUAAUGAAAUACUUCUGAAUUUUGCAAAAUUGGAUUUCAACCUAUUGCAGAAGAUGCACCAGAGAGAGCUCAGUGAUGCUACAAGGUGGUGGAAGAAAUUGGACGUAGCAAAUAAAAUUCCGCAUGCAAGAGAUAGGAUUGCUGAAUUGUACUUGUGGGUGUUGGGAGUCUUCUUUGAGCCAUGCUAUGCUAAAGCAAGAAGAAUAUUAUUGAAAUGCAUUUCGAUGGCUUCAAUCGCCGACGAUACAUAUGAAUAUGCCACACUAGAAGAACUACGGAUUCUAACAGACGCUAUUGAACGUUGGGAUGUUAAUGAGACCUUGGAGGAUUCGCCACCAUACAUCCAAAUGCUAUACAGAAGCCUUAUCAAAACAUACACUGAAAUCGAAGAUGAAAUGGCGAAAACGGGAGAAUCAUACCGCGUCCAAUAUGCAAAACAAGAGAUGAAAAAGCUAUUGGUGUCAUAUUUUGACGAGGUGAAAUGGUUAUAUAAUGAUAAUUAUAUUCCAACGCCAGGAGAGUAUUUGAAGGUGUCUGUAGUAUCCGGUGGUUACAUGAUGUUGUCCACAACUUCUUUGGUUGGUAUGGGAGAUGAUCAAGUUACCAAAAAUGAUUUCGAUUGGAUUGUAAACGAACCUCUAAUAGAUCGAGCAUCGGCAUUAUUAGCUCGAUUGUUGGAUGACUUAGUUGGAGAUGAGUAUGAGGAGAAGCCUUCAUCAAUACAUUGUUACAUGAGACAAUAUGGGAUGUCGGAGGAUGAUGCUCGUGCUAAAAUUAAACAACAAAUGAAGAAUGCAUGGAAAGAUAUGAAUCAAGAAUGCCUUGAGCCAACACCGGCAUCCAUGCCAAUCCUCAUGCGCAUUAUCAAUCUGGCUCGAGCCGCCCAACUUAUCUAUUCCAACGGGGAUUGCUAUACCGAUCCCAACAAAGCCAAAGAAUGGGUGAAGAUGUUACUUAUCGAGGCCGUUCCAAUUUGA